CAUGAUAACUCGUGAGGUUGCCGACGACCUUUCCUCUUUUCCUUCAUUUCUUUUUAAAUUUAUUAUUCCACUUCCCAUUUUCCAUCGUCCACAUCUUCAUUCUUCAUCUCAUCUCUCUUUUUUUGUUUCUUUCCAUUGAUUUUGAGGUUGAUCUUCCAAGAGUUCCCCGUUCCACUUUUCCAGAUUUCAUUUCUGGCGGCUCUGACCCACUUCUUGCUUUUCCUCCCUAACCUGUAAAAUCUCUCAACUUUUUCCUCAGAUUCACUUCGGCUCUCUCAAUCAAUCCUCCCCUCCAAGCUUCUUCAUAUAAGAUCGGAUGUCGUUCCGAAGCAUAGUUCGCGAUGUUAGAGGAAGCUUUGGGAGCUUAUCCAUGCGCACCUUUGAUGUGAGGCUGCCCGUACAUAACAGGGGGAGAUCCAACAGUUCAGUGGAUCACCUGCUGGGCCACCACAACCAGCUCGAGGUGGCCCAAAACAGUUGUUGGGCUAAUCUACCCCCAGAGCUUCUUUUUGAUGUGAUCACUCGUUUGGAGGAGAGCGAGAGCGCGUGGCCCGCCCGCAAGCAUGUCGUGGCUUGUGCUGCUGUAUGCAGGUCGUGGAGGGGCAUUUGCAAGGAAAUCGUAAGAGUUCCGGAACUGUGUGGGAAGCUCACUUUCCCCCUUUCACUCAAACAGCCCGGGCCUAGGGAUGGAAUGAUGCAAUGCUUCAUCAAGCGCGACAAGACUAAUUUGACAUACCAUCUUUACUUGUGUCUCAGUCCCGGUGUAGCAUUGCUAGUUGAAAAUGGAAAGUUCCUUCUCUCUGCAAAAAGAACACGGAGAACUACGUGCACCGAGUAUGUUAUCUCUAUGGAUGCAGAAAGCGUCUCUCGAUCCAGCAACACUUAUAUCGGUAAAGUGAGAUCAAAUUUUAUGGGGACAAAGUUCAAAAUAUACGACACACAACCCCCUGAAACUGGGGCAACCAUCACGGUGCUGCCAGGACGUACGAGUUUCAGGCUCCACUCCAAGAAAGUCUCUCCUAAAACCCCAACCGAGGCCAACAAUUACAACAUAGCUCAGAUCGCCUACAAGCUGAAAGUGCUCGGGACGCGGGGCCCGCGGAGAAUGCAAUGCGUGAUGCAUUCCAUUCCCGCCUCGGCCCUCGGAGCCGGCAGCACAGUUCUAGGACAGCAGGAGCUCUGUCCGCGGUCCGUGGAGGACUCUUUCCAGUCCAAGUCCUGCGGGCCCACCACGACGACCACCGAGUUCAACAGCGCACGGUUUUCAGACACGGAUGCCGAGAGUAACCAGACGAAGAGACCCUUGGUUCUGAAGAACAAGGCGCCGCGCUGGCACGAGCAGCUGCAGUGCUGGUGUCUGAACUUCAGGGGGAGGGUCACGGUGGCGUCGGUGAAGAACUUCCAGCUGAUUGCCGCCUCGGGGAGUGAUAAUCACGGCGAGAAAAUCAUUCUGCAGUUUGGGAAAGUUGGGAAGGAUAUGUUCACCAUGGAUUACCGCUACCCUCUGUCUGCGUUCCAAGCUUUUGCCAUCUGCCUGAGUAGCUUUGACACCAAAUUGGCUUGUGAAUAAUAAAUAAAAAAUGAACCAUGUUACACUUAAACCAAAAAUUAUACCCCAUUUGUACACCACAAUUAUACACAAGCAUUCUGAUGGUUUACACCGAAAGUUUACUCAUCAAUACUGUAGUCUACUGACAAUGUGACAUAUUGAGACCAAUGAAUAGUUAGAUUCGCUGUCCUGAAAUACGAUCAAAUCCGAGACGAAAGGAAUUAAAUUAGCCGCCCCCUCCACUCACCUUGAUCGACGGAACGGAACGCAACUCCCUCUCCUCCCAGGCUUAUAUAUAGAGGAAUUCAUUCUUCAUCAUCUCCACACCAAAAUCAUCCCAUUAGUUAGAGGAGAGUUUAGAGAGUUGAGAGAAGAUGUCCGGAGAGCUUCCCGUCGCCGGAGCAAGCCAUGGUGUUCGCCGGAAGUUUCGCCAUUUUUCCGCCGGAAUCAUCGUUUUACUUCGAAGUAAGCCCGUAGAUAUAUCUAGUGACUAGAAUGUUCGUAUAGAUCGUUUUUACGUUCAUAAAUGGUCGUUUGGUUGAGUUUUGUGUUUGACAUAUGUGAAGAACCAAGAAUCAUAAACCUUGAAUUUGAUGUUAAAACUUCGAAUUGAUGCCUCUAAAAUGAUCUACGAACCUUGGAGAACAUUUCUAUAUAGUUUAAUUGAAGUUUGGUGACCAAAAAUGGAACUUGAGAAAAAUGGGCUAGAGGUUGAAGAUGAUGAAUAGUGAACCUUCAAUUUCCUGCAUUUUCCAGCGGAACGGGCGACCGUUCGGACCCAACGGUCGACCGUUACGAACAUUUUUAAGCCCAAAAAUGCUAUUUUUGAAGCUAUAAAAUCCUAUUUUUUU